CGAAGUCAAGAUGUACACAGGAGCUGUCGCCGCCCCGAGCGUGGCCGCGAUGGGUCAUAGCGGAAGACAAGGAUGGGCGCCUGGCGGGGGACGCGACCGCGCCAAGCUGUGCCGCGCUCGGCGCGCCUUCGCCUCGCGUCUCCUCUGCCGCGGACGGCCGUCUGCUCGCUGCGCUGCCCGCCCUCCUCCACCCUACGCCUCUGCUGGCGACGACCACGACGACGGUGGCAUGCCAAAUGUCACGACCACUCACCCUCCACGUUUCUGCACUCAAUGAUGCCGAGUUCACGACCUACACUUCCUCCCUUCACGACAUCAUCGACUACGACCCGAAGCAGGCUUCCGCAGCGCCGGACUAUGACAGGCUCACCGUCGGCGUGCGCGAGGCCAGGGCGUGGUUGAGAGGUCGGUACCCCACCAUCGCACCAAACACAAUGGACACGAUCCUCCGCCUCUUCAGCCCCGACCUCGGGCCAGCAGAUGUCAUCACCGGAGGCCAGUUCUUUGCUGCUAUGAGGCUGGUCUCGCAUGUGCUAGGAGGGAAGGAGGUGGAUCCCGGCUUCGUCUUCCUGCAAGCGCACCCAGACGAGCUGGGAUCUCGAGCACCCUCUCCCUUGGGAAAGCGGUCCAGACUAUCGCCGCCGUCUCACCCACAGCCCACGCCCGACCCUCCCUCUCCUGACUACAACCCAUUCUUCACUUCCAAUCCGCCUAACCACCACCCUGCGCCACCAGCUGUCUCGCCUGCAUCCGCCCCUGCAAUUACACGUCCGGCACCACCAUCCAUACCGCCCAAACCGAACAACCCAUUCCUGAAUCGCCGAGGAUCCCAAGAUGUCCCACCACAGUCUGCCCCUGCAAGCACACCCGUAUUUCCUGGAUCUCGCCCACCUGUGUCUGCUUCACAGGACGGCAAAAUCCCACCACUUCCGCCCCGUAAACCACCGGUACUUCCUCCACCACGUCACGCGUCCCUCGGCGUCAUGCAUGCCCAGCCUUCUCGCGAGGUCCCACCACCCGUCCCGGCGCUACCGGCGCGGACCGUCUCAACAAGCAACCCGAAUGUCCUGAUUCAACAGUCACUGCAAGCAACACGUAUUGCGCAGAGCCUCAAGAAGGCGGAGCAGCGGCUCGAGCAGGAACGUGUGAUGGAGGUGCUCAAGAGUAGCUCGUCUGGCGCCGUUAACACCACCACGCGGCGUGUUCGCAGCAGGAGCCCCGUCAAAGAGAGCUACGGGCCGGGCCCUGGCAGCGCUUCGACCUCCUCUCAGUCUGUCGCGUCGGCAGCCAGCUCGGCGGAGCGGCCAAUGUCGCUACAUAGACGAGUACCAUCGCUUCCUCCGCGGCGCAAUCUCAGCCCACCGGCGUCGACCACAGGCACGGCGCGCUCGUUCGAGCAGGUCGCAACCGCAUCGCUCUCGCCAUUCAAGCGGGGCGUAUUCCCUCCAGAUCCUCCGCCUCCGGUUCCGCCCGCACGACGCUUUGCUUCGCAGAGCAACUCGCCUUCGCGCACGCCGCCGCGGCCACUCGCGGACCUGCCUCCCGAACCUCCUCCGAUGCACCCGGACCGCAAGGCCACGGGCUCCCUCACCGAUCCGGAGCGCCCACUGUCAAAUUCGACGCCGCGGGUGGUCAGGUCGAAGUCAAUGCAUCAGCCGUCUCCGCCGCCCGUGCCGCCACCCCCACGCAGGAAACGCCCAGAGAGCGUGCAGCUCACCCCAACCUCGCAGCCCGGCGAAUCUCCCUUCGGGAACCCGUCUAUCCCCACUUCAUCAGCAUCGACCCCGUCCAACCUCAUGCUCUCGCGCCACAUGUCGCUCUCGACGACCCGGGAGCGAGAACGGCAACGCGAAAAGGAGCGCGGGCGGGACUUCGAGGGCCGCGAGCGCUCGCGCGAGUCCGCGCGCACGGACGGCGGCGCGAUCGGGAACCUGCAGCGCACGCUGACGAGCCUGCAGCUGCGCGCGCAGCCGGCGUUCGACGCGGCGCGCUACAAGGCCGAGGGCGCGUUCUCGCGGCGCGGGUUCGUGCAGCACGGCGCGCACGGGCCGCGCUGGAUGCGCGGGGAGGGCGAGGCGCGGCUCAUGGACGACGUCGACGAUGACGCGGACGCGGACACCGAGGCAGGCGUUGGGGAUGCAGGCGCGCGUGCGAAUGGGGCGAAGCUGCGUGGGGCGGGGCAGGGGCGCGAGGAGCCGGGGACGUGGGGGGAGGAGAUUCGGGAGGACGAUAGUAGCUUGGAUCAUGACCCUGGGGAGGAUAGCGAGGUGGAGAAGGAGCGCGUGGAAGAGCGGGCGCGGCGGUGGCGGGAGGGCGGGGUGGAUGUCGCGGUCGUGGAUGACGGGCGGCGGAUGGUGCUGCAGCGGGACGACUUGAAGUGGCCCACGGCCGUAGGGGACGGGUGGCGGCCACUAUGACCGCGCGCGCGGUGGCUUGGAUAUGGUAUGGUGCUCGCGUCUCGGAUGGAGAAGUAUAGCAUGGCAGAACUCGAUUUGUAUUAUUUGCGCAUCGCGCCCUCGCAUUCAGACUAGUCGGCUAUACGAGUAUAGC